CACUCGGGGCGCGCUGGAGCCGCUCGCACGUGCCGUCCCGCAGCGCUCUGUGUCUGCCGCCGCCAUGAGCUGCCCCGUGACGUGCGCCGCCUGGGUGCGGUGCGGCGUUGCCAAGGAAACGCCGGACAAGGUGCAGCUCAGCGAGGAGGAGCUGAAACGUCUCAUCGAGGAGGCCCAGGACAGGCUGGGGGAUGACGCUGAUGGUAGUGAUGAAGGCCAGAUGGAACAUGGCACGAAUGUAGCCAUUCCCGGCAGAGCUAAGUCUUCUCAUAACAAUGAAGACCUGUCUGGUGAUGAACUGGAUGAAUAUGAUUUGGAAAAUUAUGAUGAAGAGGAACACACAGGUGAUCUAAAACUUGGAGACUCUUUGGCUACUCUGGCAGUAUAUGGGAGUAAUGAUCAUGAUCCUUACAUCACUCUAAAAACCACUGAUCAAUAUGAAGAGGAGGACUUUUUGAUUAAGCCCAGUGACAAUCUUGUCCUUUGUGGCAGAGCUGAUAAAGACUACUGUAGUUUGGAGGUCCAUGUUUAUAAUCAUGAAGAGAACUCAUUUUAUGUACAUCAUGAUAUUAUCUUGCCUGCUUACCCUCUAAGUCUGGAGUGGUUGAAUUUUGAUCCUAGUCCUGAUGAAUCACUAGGAAAUUAUGUUGCAGUGGGUAACAUGACCCCGGUUAUUGACAUUUGGGACCUUGAUAUAGUAGAAUCCUUAGAACCAGUCUUUUCUCUUGGAAGCAAGAAAGAGAAAAAGAAGAAAAAGAAAGUAAAGAAAAGUUUAUCUUCAGAAGGGACGGUGAAAGGACAUACUGAUGCUGUGCUUGAUCUUUCAUGGAAUAAACAAAGCAGGAAUGUUUUAGCAAGUGCGUCUGCUGACAAUACUGUAAUUUUGUGGGAUAUGUCUGUGGGUAAGCCAGCAGCCAGCCUGAUGCUACAUACAGACAAGGUCCAGACAUUGCAGUUUCAUCCGUUUGAAACUCAGACCCUUAUUUCUGGAUCUUAUGAUAAAUCAGCUGUUCUGUAUGAUUGCAGAAACCCACAAGAUAACCAUCGAAUGUGGCGGUUUAGUGGUCAGGUUGAAAGAGUAACCUGGAAUCAUUUUUCACCUUGUAAUUUCUUAGCAAGCACAGAGGAUGGCUUUGUGUACUGUCUGGAUGCUCGUUCUGAUAAGCCACUGUUUACUCUGAAAGCUCACGAUGAAGAGGUGUCAGGGCUACAACUAAGCAGUCAGAUUAAAGGGUGCCUCGUGACAUCAUCUGCUGACAAAUACGUGAAAAUUUGGGAUAUCCUGGGAGACAGACCAAGUUUAAUCCAUUCCAGGGACAUGAAAAUGGGUGUUCUCUUCUGUGCAGCUUGCUGCCCUGACUUCCCAUUUGUUUUUGCCUUUGGAGGAGAGCGAGAAGGGCUGCGUGUUUGGGAUAUAAGCAAGAUUUCUGCAGUGAAUGAAGUUUUUGGAAACAGAGAGAGACAUGUUCUGGCUAGUGCCAAUUCUGUGGCUUACAGCUCCGUGGCCGGCAGUAGCAGCAACGAUGUGGAGACAGCAAUGGAAUCGUGAUGGACCAUCAAAAAAUCAAAGCAUUUCGGCCUGAAACGUGAAGGCACAGAGGAACAUUUUGAGUAUCAGCCUAACCCCCUGACUUAAAUGCUUUGUUUAUAGCAUCAGGAACCUAAUCAAGGAAUGCAAGUCAAACAAUUUCCUCACAUUUAAAAGGAACACCCAAAUGCCUUAGCCCAGGCCAGAAGUUAAAUGAUACUCUUAUCCUCUUGUGAAGUGCUUCCCUCUCCACACACUAGAAGGUGUCUGUUAAAGUGCUGCUGCUGCAAAAAUGCCCUGGGUAUUAAAGCAACUGGUAUUAUAGUGUCAGUGCAUGUAGCUGACAAGAUCUUACUGCUGCUUUCCACCCUAGCUUGUUGUAACUCAUUCUGGUGAGGUAAAGCAGAUAAAUUGUAUCAGUACAAAGGGCAGAUGGGGGAAAGGCAGGGCUGUAGAUUUCCUUCCCAUUCCUUGAAGUUAGGUUGCUGCUUCUAAAUCCCAUUCAGCUGUUUCUAGUCUGGUGACAGGUGUUUAGCAUGGCUCUGCAGGAACCUAGAAUAUGUUAUCUCUACUUCUGGUAUUAACUGGCACAGUAGCUCUAGAAGUCGCUUUUUGUUUUAGGAAGAAAUUGUGUUACUGCAAGCAACACAUCUUUCCCUUGACUUAGCAAAAUCCCUCAACCUGUCUUUCUGGAGCUUUUUAUUCACAUACUGAUCUCAGAGGACAAGCGUUAGGCAUUUUCAGGCUUGAAGAACCCAGGGAGCUCUCUAGGAAAUACAGUGUACAGGGAGAGGCACAGAUGAACUUCGGCUGUUUAGGGCAAGAACUGGAGCUGGAGCCUCUUUCACGAGGGAACCUCCAACUACCUCAUCAGAGAGCAGAGCUCAGCUUACUGUUCUUUUACAGCACUGCCAGAGGAGCCACACAGCAAAUUUACAAGGUUUAAAAACAAGUUCUUAGCUGUACCGCUUCAUGGAGGUGCCCCUACCCAUACCUUGUCCCAGGAAAGCUUGGGAGAGACAGAUGAUGAAAAAGUGGUGUUACUUCUCUUAGCAUCAUUAUCAGAAAUAGGAAACUCUUUUUCAGAAAGAGUUAAUAUUAAAAAAGAACAUUAGAAAAGAGCCACAUUUUAAAUUUUUUUAAAUGAAAACAAGCAAAUGAAAUACAUCUUCAUUCCAUAAAUAAUAAUAGCAGCAAACUGUCCCAUCACUCUAGGUGGUAAAAGGUUUACAGCACAAGUAGUAAUAUAUACUGUAAACACUGCCUGAUCAUCUGUAAGCCUCUUCCUUACUGAGUCUAUACAGUCUUUACCUCUUCACUUGCUUACAUGUUCUAGUGAACUAGAGUGAGAAGAGGAAAUAACUGUUCUCCGAAAGCCAAUGUUUGAUUUUCUGUAGUGGGGUAAUUGCUUUGUCUGCAAAUGCUGAUUUUACUGGCUUUUUUUUUUUUUUAACACAAAGCUGCUUUUCUUAUUUUUUAGAAGGAAACCUGAGCAUUGACAGUCUUUGUUCUGUGCCAAACUACAGCCUUCAGUUUAAAAAUAUUAAAAAGAAAAAGGCAUCAACUGCCA